AUGGCUUUACCAGUUGAAAAUUCUUUAUUUCAAAAAUAUGGUGAAGAUGAAAUUGAAAUUUUAGAUAAUUUUUAUGGUCAAAGCAAAAAUAUAUCAGGAAAUUUAAUUCCUGCAAUUUUAAAUUCUGAAAAUUUAAAUUACGAAUGGCUAUCAGUUAGAUUUCUUCUAACUAAUUAUAAAAAUUUAAAUUUUUUAGAAGCGUGGAAACAUAUUUUUUUUGAUCUUUCUACUUUUAAUGAAAUUUAUCCUGAAACUGCAAAACCUAAAUUAGAAAAUUUUAAUUUUCAAUUAGCAUAUCAAGAAUGGUGUAAACUUGAUCAUAGAAUUAAAUAG